AUGUCUAAAGAACCUGGUCCAACAGAAAAACCGGAGGAAUGCCUUGGCCCACCCGCCGAACGCGAAGUCCCGGAAGCAGAUUCUGCAGCAUCAGGCAGUAAGCUGGAUCCUGCAAAAUCUCUCAAUGCCACCGUCGAGCUUGCAUCAUCAGAGCCCUCAGAGGAUCCUUCUCUCCUUCUCGACCCUCCACAUUCGGCAGCCGUGUUGAGUGGAGAUACUCGUACAAUGCCAGAAUCAUCGUCGGAAUGUGAGAUCGGCACCGCGGAUACGAAAGCUGCGGAGCUGGAAUGCGAUGUCACCCUGGCCACCGGACGUGCAACCAGCCCAAAAUCUUCCUCAGUGCCCCAAGAUACUGUCAUUCUUCAGGGUUCAGAGAUGCCUCUUGAUCACGCGAGAAAGCCAACAACCGCCUCGACUGGCCGCCUUCAGCAGGUCGAAAAGACGCAAUCCUCAGCUGCCUCCACCGCACAACGUGCAAGUCAGUCGAACAAAUCGACGGACCAUCUUGCGGAGAAUUCCACUGCGAAGGCGUCCUCCUCGGAGCAUGUCUGCGUCUUCCUCUGGCGCUUGAUCAACAUUCCGCUCACUGCUGCCGAGAAUAUUGCAAAGGACAAGAACCUCAUCGUACUUUUGAUCGUAUUGGUGGCGGGAGCCGUACUCUGGUACUGGCUCACGUGGGUCGAUGCCUGGGCCGCGUCGUCUGUGGCGCCUUUGAGGUUCGCUUGGACAGGAAUUUCAACCAGCACCAGCUUUCUUGUCGCCCAUAUCACGAACCUUGGCCACACAAUCGCAGUCGGCUUCGCUCGCAUCAGCAACUUCACGUCCACUCUUGGCAGCUCUGAGGGGAAUCGAGGCUUGAGGAGCACCCUUUCCGGCCUCGGAGAUCUCGUCACCAAUUCAUCCACGUACACAGGCUUCCUCUGUCCAAGUGGGAUUGGUGUGUGUCUUGCUGCGUGGCUGUCCCUUUGCUGCCGCUCAGCAUCCAGUCCCAACUCAACCUCAGCCUCUGACCCAGGUACGAGUCUCGCCGUCUUCAACCAUACAAGCACUGAGCUGGGACACUGGGCUGGCGUGUCAGUCUCCCUAGGCCCGUACAUCAACGACUUUCAGAUCGCAAGUGUUCCGCUGGUACGGGAACGUGUCUUCCUCGAAUAUUACAAGGACGUCGAGUUCGAAGGCAAAAAGGAGCUUCUCCCUGCCAUGGGCCAGUAUGGGGACGAACUUUACAACAGUAGUCAAUGUUUGCUCAACAUUACUCUCCACACAAACCGCAUACUCAAGGUCAUGGUCGCCAACUUCAGAGUGGUUUCGAAAACGGCGGCCAAAGCCUUCGAAGCGGACCAAGGCCGGUGGAGGACGUUGUCGAAGACGCGCAAAUCUCACAUCAACGACAGGAUUCUCCAUCUCCUCGAUGUCCUUGACCGGGAAUUGCUCCAUCUUAUUGCCAAGAUUGACUCUUGCAAAGUUAUUCUCGCCGUGACGGUAGACCUCAGUCUGCAGGUAGACGGAGGUCUGAGGACUGCGUACAGAGAUGUGAAGCAACAGAUCCAGAAGGGAAGUGGUCUUUUCAGGAAGCCAAACGAGGAUCUGUACGAGGUAAACCGAAUCAUCUCGGAAAGCACCAGCUACGCCGCGUCCGAAGCACAAGAUAAGCUGGAAUUGGCGAGCAGAAAACUGGCGAUCCACCGAGAAGAAGUGCGUGAUGCGAAGGAAACAAUUGACCUUUCCCUGGUGCUGGCCGGUAAGGACGGGUUGGCUGAGUUGGUGUCUGUAUUGCACACCGUCUUCGGCGACCUCUAUAACGAGUCGGAAAAGGUCGAAGUGGCUCUAAGAACGCGAAGAGAGGAUGCUGAGCAGAAGGUGAUGGAGUUUAGCAGAAAGAGAUACGCUCAUUUGGAGAGAGAUAAUGUAUUGCGCGAACUAGGAACUCGGUCCCGACUGUGA